UGCCUAUCCAUUUCCGUCAAAAUCUCUUGUGCAACACAGCAGCAGUUUUCCCGUCGCUGAUCGGAAUUCCGAUGGAAGCCGAGAAGGAUUGCUCUUUCAACCAAGUUGUUACUUUAAUUCCUUUACUUCUCUUCCCUUUUCGGAGUUCUUGUUUUUAGUUAAUGUUCUUGGGUCUGUAACUGAUCAGGACUUGAUUCACGAAAUCUUCAAGCUCGUCUGGAGAAAAACUGCUGCAGAUCGCGAGAAAAACGAAAUCUCCCAAACUAUGGAUGCCGAGAUUGUUGGAGCAGCUACCACCUCCAGGAAAAACCGCCCUACUUCUGCAAAUGCAGCUGCAGUGAAGCUUAGUUGUGAACUUCUUCGAGUUUUUGUUGCAGAAGCUGUACAACGUGCUGCUGUUAUUGCUGAAGCUGAAGGUACUGAUAGGAUUGAAGCAACACAUUUAGAGAGGAUACUUCCACAGUUACUUUUGGAUUUUUGAGGUACUCCUGAAACAUUGAGUUAUGACUUAAGUGCAACUGUGCAAGCCACACAGAUAUUACUGGAGAUUCAGCACUUCAGUGAUUAACUUAUAAUCUGAUUAUGGUAUUUUUAAAACCAUAUUCUGACAAUUUCUGCAUUGAAGUGGGUAGAUGAUAUGUAAUAUUUUCUGGAAACAAAUUUGAUUUGAUUUGUAAAUAAAAUGCAUUUCUUUUUAAGUUUUUAUAAUUAUCGAUUAGACUUGCUGUAAACAAAUCUUUCUGCAAACUUUGGAAAACACGUUCCAUGUUGAGUUGGUAUAUAUUUGAAUUUUAAGGAUU